AUGGCUCAUAACGUUGAGCUUCUUUUUGGGCCUAUGCUUAUCGGCGUUUUCAUCAACUCCAUCCUAUAUGGUGUCACGAUUGUACAGGCGUUCAUAUACUUCGGAAAUUCUACCAGGCAUGUGUUACUCCCUUGCAUCACGGAUGUCGGGAUAACGUCCAGCAGUGACCCACGCUGGAUACGUUACUUUGUAGUAUACUUGCUUGUCGCCGAGUCAUUGAAUACUAUUUUUGAUAUUGGAGUCAUGUACGAGCCUCUGGUACAUCUUUGGGGUGACGAACGAGCUAUGAUAUACGUACCGGUUAUGGUAGUACCUGAUGCUAUCAUCACAGUCCUCAUCUCUACGCCCGUGCAGCUCUUCCUUGCUUGGAGAGUCAGGGCCAUGAGCGAGUCUCUCGUCAUUCCUGGUUUUAUCUGCCUCUUUACAACCACGUCGUUCUUGGGAGGUCUAGCGACCGGAAUCGCGGUAUCAUUCUUGAACGAGUACUCACAGUUCCAUCAGUUCGAGGGAGCCCCUAUUGGUUGGCUCGUGUCCUCUGCUGUCGCUGACGCCCUCAUUGCGGCUUCAUUAGUCUGGAGUCUCUAUCAAAAGAAGACGGGGGUACCUUCCACCGACGAUCUCGUGAACAGGAUUAUCCGAUUAACUGUUCAGACCGGGAUGGUGACAGCCACUGCCGCUAUUCUAGACGUGAGCCUUUUCAUCGCAAGCACGACGACCCUGUAA